GGGUGUUGAUAUCGUGAUGUUGCUAAUAAGAAAGCUAAAUUUUCUUUUCUCAAUCAAUCUAUCACUAGUUUUAAUUUAUUGAAGGUGUUGAAUAUUGUAUCUUUCAAAAGAAAAGUUUUGAUUAAUCUUUGAUUUUUGUAUUCUUUUUUAUUAUUUUUUUUUUUUUUUCCAUCUUUUCUUUUUAACAUUAUCCAGUAAAAUCGUUUUGUUAGUAAAUAGAAGAAACAAGAUUUUUAAAUGAUUUUAAUAAAUUUAUACAUUUCUGUGAUAACGACGACGUUUUUCAACAAAAAUGCAUUGGCUUGCAUAGCGAGUAAAAUAGUGGAUUCUAAUUCUACUUUACACACAUUAAAACAAGUGUCGGAUCCCAUUUCACAUAAUUUUAAUAACGCCGUAGAAGAUGCCAAUUUAGGAAAAAGAGAAGCGUUAGCACCUUCUUGGGACAUCCUACCGUCAUCAUCUGGAAGUGAGCAAUCCAUUGAAUCUGCUAAUAAACAAAAACUCAAAACGUUAGGUAUUAGUAGACAAUUUUUCGAACAAUUAUCUGGAGUCGAAUUCACCAAUUGGCCUGACGAUAUAGAUUGCACCAAUGUAUAUGAAAUUUUAUCAAGUCCUUAUAUGAAGCAAUUUAAUGCGGAAAAAAUUAAAAAGAAUAUUUCUAUACCAUCACGUUGCCUUCCCCGAACAGUUGAGAAACAGACGUUUGACUCUCGUGCCUCCCCUAACAUGGACAAAAGUAUCAAAUGUCAACAACCAAAUUUAAAUAGCAUAUCCAAAAAUCAAAAUUCAAUCCAUCCCAUUGUAUUACAUAAAAAAAAUCCGAGUAUGAGAAGAGCGUUAGGAUCGUCUAACGUUCGUGUUUCAAUUAAUUUAAAUGUUCAACCAUCUGAUCAACGUCAUUGCCGUUCCCAUGUCCUAAGUGACAAUCAAAGCCAGACAUUUCACCCGUGCCAUCAAUCGGUUCCUUCAAGUAAUAAGCAUGAUUCGUCACCCAGUGAAUACUUUUCUAGAAGUUCUGGUGGCAAGCAAAAAACACGAUAUCAUGAUGAGUCGUCUAGUCUUAGCCACCCCGUGGCUUCAAACAUCCACAUUAAUAUUGCUUUCCAUAUUUCCAAGUCACCCCAAAAACGUAACAAGUGUCACGAAAAAGUGACUUCUUGCUCUCAUGAAACAACAGAAAACGACUCUUGUAAUCAAAAGUCAAAUGAUAAAAGCUUUAGGGGUACUAGCAACCACCUACCUUGUCCAUUGCUUCUCAACAAUACGACACCAAAGCUCCAUUUCACACAAAAUAAUUCUACCGACGCACAAAUCAAGAAGAAUGCUUGUGUUUUAGAUACUACAAAAAAUGUAUCGAUAAGUUCAAAUGGUUUAAGUGAUAAACAUUCCAGCGAAACACUUCACAAAAAAAAUACAAUCACGACUGUUCUCUUACAAAACCCGACCCACUCUUCGCAAGCCGUUUUUUCAGAAGAAAAAAUAAAUGUUGCAAUAAAUGGGUCAUAUACAACAAAAACAGAUAGUUUGCUUUCAAUGAAAAAUGAAACGCUUCAAAAACAAAAACAACAAUCAAACGAAACGACUGACAACGGCGACAGUUCUUGUCUUCUUACACGAAUAUUAGAAAAAAAUAAUUUUAAUACGUCAAAAGCUAUUACGCGGGUGUUCGAGAAGUCGAGUCAUGACGUUUCACUUGAUAAUCACACAGUUAUGUUGAAACAACAAGAAUCUUCACAUUGGAAUAGUACUUUAUCGGGAAAUUUUACAUUACCGUGUCAUGAUCAAGAUGGGGAACAUAGAUGUGAUAAAAAUAUGACUCAACCAACGGCAUUCAGUUUCAACACACAAGAUAUUAGAAGAAUUCAGAACAUCUCCCUAAAGGGUUGUCAUCCGUCAGAUAUGUAUUCUUCUGCCUAUGGAGCGUGUAAACAUGAACACGUCAGAGAUCACGACAUUAACGACACUUCUACGACAGAGCGUGCUACUCAUAGUUUCAGCAAUACUAAGUCAAUUAUUAUAAGCAAAAGUGAAGACAAUUUCACAAGCCAUGUUAUUUCCGAAGAAACACAAUUGAGCAACACACUCUCAAAAAAAAAAAGUAGUGAAGUAAACAUGUCAAAUGAAACUCAGAGUUACGUAAACCACACUGAUUCAACCAUGCGGACAGAGAGCGACUCAAUGAAUACAAGUUCUUCUCAAGUUGGAGAUGUAGUAUCCAUUGAUCGCAACAAUGCAAUCACUGAUGUUUCAGAAACAAACAAUGAAACAUUUACUACACAAGACGAAAAUUCGGUAGAUCAAGGUUUGACUCAACAUACAACUAUUCAGAACGCUAAAGACGAAAUUUCACAAAUGGGAUUAUCGAAUGAAGUGCACCAAAACCGCCAAAAUGUUUCAGUUUUUUUUUCAAAGAAAAAAGAAACUACCACUUCAACUACCAAUCUUACAAACAUUGCUAUUAAUAGUAGUGAAAAGCGUUACAAGUCGACGAGUUUCAUAAAUACAACAUACCAAGCAGAACUCGAGAGCCUAGCUAGAAACCGUAGCACAGUCAACAGCACUGAGAAAAAUGAAACUAUCCGUCCGGAAGUCACGCCGAUAAGCAAUGGGUUUUCGAACAGAGAUGUUAAGAACUCGACACUGCAACUCAAUGCUUCUGAAUUAUUUUCGUGGACGCAUGACUUUAACCCAUUUAUUACAUCAGGAACAGAUUUCCUUUCAAUUCGACAAGACGACAAAGAAAACCAGGUUAUCUCGAGUAAUGAUCUAAAAGAUAUCAAAAAUAUCAAUAAUUCAAUAACAAGCGUAUCCUUUAUUCCUCAACCUACAUCAGUAGUUAGUAAAACGGAGUUUUUAAAUAACAGUCAAGCAUAUUACGAAACAAACGACAUCAAUUUAAACAAGUACAUUUCAAAUUGCAUUGAGAGAAUGUCCCUGGAAAAAUGUCUUCAUAAAUUGCGUCUUCAGUGUAGUAGGAAGUCAUCAGAAGCGAAACUAGAAAAGACAACAUCAGUAGCGUUGGAGGAAAAAGAAACUAAAAGGGAACCGUUAAGGAACACCGAAAUACAACCGAAAAGAAAUAAAGUUGAGUAUUACACGACACAACCAAUGGAAAAAUAUAAGUUUCACUCCCCCCUUGGUAUACCAAUCACACCACAAGAUAACCGAACAAAUGUUGUCACUAAUAGAUCAACGGCACAACUGUUUCCAGAAUUUUUAAAUACUAGCACGAAUCUUACGCAAAAAAAAAUUAACAUUUUUAUAACGUACCCGCUAUGGGACAAGGCCGAUAAUAAGUCCCUACCACCUGAGACGGCAGAAACAUUGUUUACGUUUGCGAAUUCGCGCGAAACUGACGUGGCAAUAAAUAAAGUGGAAACCAAUAUUGUCGCCAGUAAUGCACCAUUAGGAAAACUGGUCAAUUUGAAAGAAAGUACAGCAACCUACCAGCCAGUGAAUCAUUGUAACUUCCCUACUGAGCUAUCCUCCAUUAGUUCACCGUGUCAAUCAUCCCGUGAAUCAGACACACGUGCCUCUUCGAGUAAAGAUUCUGCCGACACUUGGGAUAAGACAAGGUUUUUAAAGUUGAACAAUAACGCUACAGAUUCGUCGAAUCGUGAAAGUCAAUCAAGCUUGUCAAACAGCGAAUUGAGAAAAGACGAAAGCCAAAAAAACACUUCCAGUUGUAAAAGAGAAGAAUAUCAUGUUCAAACAGAAGCAAAUUUGUCUAAUUGUAAUGGUCAAGUAGAAAGGAAUACCACAGAGAUAUAUAAGGGUGAGGAGAAAAGAGACAAAAAACAUUUAGACAAUAGUUCAACUAAUGGGGCCCAAAGUUUUGUUGAAGGAAAAAAUAUAUCGACAUGGAAUGAACACAGUAGCAUUCAAAAACACAUGCAUAACACUUCUUUUACGAAAAAUGCUACCACCCAAACGUUUUUCCAAUCUUCUGAUAUACAAAAAGAGUCUGAGUUGAAACAAAAGCAAAGUAACGUAGCGAAAACAUCGGUUGUAUCCCUUGAAACCGAAGAAACUGUAACGAAUCAGCGGGAUAAAACGUCCGAAAAAUUGUUACACACUGUAGCUGAAACAUCCGUUACGAACACAGAAAGCAGCUUAAACAUUUCGAAAGAUUUCUCCCAAAAGUGGCAGAAUGAAGUCUCUGGUUCUCAUAAAGCACUUGAACACUCUAGAAGCGAGUCUAGUGGUUUCAAUCCACAAAACUGCGCUACUGAUUUCAAUACAUCUGAAUGCAUAGAAUUCCAUCAAUUACAUUUCAACAAGACAACUGUUCUUCAUAAUGAGUUACCAAUGACCAGCUUAGGUGAGGGGAAAGAAAAGCAUAAUUCCCGUUGGAUUAACACGAAUACAAAUUGUUCGUUCGAGUCUAAACCUAUGAAAUAUUAUUCAUAUGAUGGAGAACAGUGCGAUUUUGGGGAGGAAGACACGGUUGUUGAGUUUGAAGAAGAUACCAAACACGCAUUGGUUCGGUUUUCUAAAGAUGAAUUAAAACAAUCGAGUAUACAGCUAGAAUCACUGGAUGAUACAAUCGAUGACGAUAUUGUGUUUAUACCAUGCGUCACAAUCCGAUCUAGAAAAACCAGUAAUGUAAUAAGUCAUGCGUCAGCUUCUCCUAUCAAUGCGAGUACUCUCAAAAAUUCUUCCUCACUAAUUAAUGCGUUAAAAGCGUUAAAUCUACUGUCUCUCCGUAAUAGUACUUUAGAUCGUUAUGAUGGUGCAGUAUCAGUUUCAAACAAUUCGGAAACAAAUGCAAUACCACCGCAUAUAGCUGAGAAGCUUUACAAACUAAAACAAAUUAUGAAUUCUGAAAUGCUUCAAGUACAAAUUAACAAACAAAACAGCAAUAAAUCAAGUGGUGUUAGUGAUGUUUUGCAUCAAAAUAAUCAAACCACGCGUCGACAACAAACGGUUCGUAUAGUGGCAAAAAAUGAUGGGACGUUUUCCCAAUUGAGAAUAGAAGAAUUAAAAAAAAAAAAUAUGACAAUUGACGAUACUUAUAGAAAAACAACUGAAGAAGAGAGUGUAGGUCAAACCCACGCAACAAUUUCAGCUGAAGCGAAUAAAUCUUUAAAUGAAACACUGCUGACAACUGAGGAAUCGGAUAAAACAAGUGAAACACUUUCUGUUCUACAAAAAAAACCAGUCCAGUUAAUUCUUGCGGGAAUCGCUAUAACGGCAGGCUUUUUGCUCAUAUUCUUUUUAGUUAACUUUUCAUUGGCAAAAACCGCCGAUAUAGAGGAUAACAAGUUUUUAACUUCAUGUAUACCCUUAAACGAGGAUGAUAAAAGCUUACCGUUUUCGGCCUGCCGAGAAACAUUUGUUGAUGUUGAAAACACAUCAUUUUUAUAAUGUACUUCACUAUGGUGCUAAAACAGCGCUGUACUGAAGUAAAAUAUGUGUUUUUAAAUAUUCACGUUAUUUUUCGUUUUUGUAAAAUGACACUACUCUUAUUUUUUAAACGAUCCUUAAAGGUUUCCUUUGUUAAAACAUUUAUUCUAUUGAACUUUCA